AUGACUUCCCAACCACCCUCGUCGCCCGAGGAGACCGGCAAGACAACAUUCCUCACCCUCGCCGCCGAACUCAGAAACCGCAUCUACAACCUCACCCUCUCCAGCUCCGACGAAAUCACCAUCACCGGCCCCCAAACAGCACAACGCUCCAACACCCGAACCCAGAAUACAGAUACCUCCCUCACCGUCAACAUCCUCCGCAAGGGGAAAUCAGAUCCACGCCGAAGCCACGCCCAUCCUCUACGGCAGCAACACCUUCAACAUCCCCCUCGAGAACCCUCUCCACAUCUUCUUCCAGAUGAAUGA